AUGUCUCGAGCAGAAAAACGCAUUUUAUUGGACGAUCCAACAUUGAUACGUUCUGAGCUUCAUACCCUGAAAAAUGAAGUCCAGUCUCUUCGGUCACAGAUACUGGACCAGUCAGGAACUAAAACCGGAGAAGGCCAGACAUACAUCAUAUGGGGGAAGAAAACAUGUCCAGCGUUAAACGGCACGCACACAGUAUACAGUGGUAUUUCAAGUGGACGACAAUAUACAAAUGCUGGGAGUGGAAGUAACACUCUAUGUUUGCCACACAAUCCUGACCCUGCCCCUGUGGAUUAUCCUAAAAGCUUUCAAGGCAACAACCCAUCGUUUUCAGGGUCACUCCAUGGUGCAGAGUACCAGUUUACCUACAGAAACAUUGCAAUAGACGAUGACGUCCCGUGUGCAGUGUGUAUGGUUACCAAUGCAGCGUCAACUUUAAUGGUGCCUGCCAAAACUUCUUGCCCAGCUGGCUGGACUGUUCAGUAUACCGGGGUACUUACUUCCGGUUCAGAUGCUAGUGGUCACUAUGGAACAGAUUAUUUAUGCCUCGACGAAAACCCAGAAUACAUGACAGAGGGAGCUCGCAUGCAAGAUUAUAACGGGAAACUGUUCUAUCCCGUGCAUGCGGUCUGCGGGUCCUUGCCCUGCCCUCCUUACAAGAAUCAACAGCUUAUAUCUUGUGUUGUCUGUUCAAUUUAAUCGA